UCUGCUUACCGUUGUCGGUUCAUUAGGGAGAGCCGUGGUGUAGCAGUGAUUGAAAUGCCUGAGCCGGCGAAGUCUGCUCCAGCGCCCAAGAAGGGCUCUAAGAAGGCGGUGACCAAGACGCAGAAGAAGGGGGACAAGAAGCGUAAGAAGAGCCGUAAAGAGAGCUAUUCCAUCUACGUUUACAAGGUGCUGAAGCAGGUGCACCCCGACACGGGCAUCUCGUCCAAGGCCAUGAGCAUCAUGAACUCCUUUGUCAACGACAUCUUCGAGCGCAUUGCCGGCGAAGCCUCGCGCCUGGCGCACUACAACAAGCGUUCCACCAUCACUUCUCGGGAGAUCCAGACGGCCGUGCGGCUCCUGCUGCCGGGUGAGCUGGCCAAGCACGCAGUCUCUGAGGGCACCAAGGCUGUCACCAAGUACACCAGCUCCAAGUGACGGCGUCGCGGAUCACGUUCUCCAAGAACACUUUCAGCACGCC